AUGGCGGGUGACGCGAUGCAGGCUAUGCCUAUGUCCCCGCGACAGUCCCCGACAGCAAUAGGAGGAGCAGCAGUCCAGUGGCUUUGUUCGCGGCGUGGGCGAACACUGCUCCUCUCCGUCAUUGUCCUCACAUUCGUACUCGGCCUCGCAGGCAUACGGCACCCAGAAGCAAUUACUGAACAAUACCACGCCCUCUCCGACUACCAAUGGCGACCCUACCUGACCAGCUUGCCGAAGCUCUCGAAAACGCCCUUCAAGGCACCCUCAAACACGACUCUGCAGCUCGAGAACGGCGAAAUCGAUCACCUGCCGCCAAAGUUGGAGAAAUCGACGCCCAACUUUCAUUUGCUUAUGACGAGCGAGAAGGAUUCAGAUGCCUUCUGCAAGUCAACACUAUCGGCGAUGCUGCUGAACUAUCCUCCGCCGACCGCCGUCAACUUUCGCCAAACGUUCACUUCACCGGAACACAAGGAGGAACAGACCAUAUACGGUAUACGCGAGUAUCUGGAUAAUGCAAAGUUGGUGCAUGAUGAGGACCUGCUGCUGAUCGUGGAUGGCCAGGACACUUGGUUCCAGCUGCCAAGCGAUGUUAUCAUCAAACAGUAUGAGGCGGUUGUAGAAUAUGCGAACGUAAGGCUGCUGAAAAAGUACGGCCUAGACGGAAAUAAGCAGCAAAGGUUCAACCAGACAAUCGUGUUUGGUGCUGAGAAGGUGUGCGAAGGCGACGAUAUGGCUUGCAGAUACGCUCCACAAUCGAUUAUGCCUGACGACAUGUAUGGGGCGAGUGAAGAGGGCAGCACAGAAGAUCGACCAGCGAGAUACCUGAACUCAAAAGCGGUGAUGGGACCUGCGAAAGACUUGAGGGCCUUAUUUGAAGCAGCACUGAAGAAGUACGAGGAAAAGAACAACGAGAAGCAGACGAUGCAGUCGGUGCUUGCCACCAUGUUUGGCGAGCAGCAGCUUAGACGAGAUGCAGUCCUGAGAAGAGGCAAGUCUGCGGCCGCGAAGCUGCGCGAAUGGGCAGGAAAGGCAGCGGAAGAGCAUGUAGCAGCUGAGCGUCGUGUCGAGACCGCGAACAUCACGCUCCAUCCAGAGACGCAGUAUGAGUUCUCCAUCGGCCUGGACUACACGCACACCCUUUUCCAGCCGCUCGUAUACAGCACCCUCGACGAACUGGUUCCUCUCGUGCACAAAAACUCGACCGAUCUUUCCAAAUACCGACACCCAAACACCAUUACACCACACCUCUCCCUUCCAUCUGCUCUGCUUACUAGUACACUCCCCUUCUGGAGCCCCAGUCUUUACCUUAACAACCCUUCUCCCCACACCAACAAGCCCGCAUACAUUGAUGAACUCGAAUACGUCAACAAACUCGACCAGCUCCCGAACCGCCACACUUCAUGGUCCAAUAUACCACUCAUACAGAAUACCUACACCGGUGCGAUCCCCGCUCUGAUCCUCCGCGUUCCCGACUCGGUUUACCAUCCAAGGCUAUCCGCUGUGUCCAGCGCUCAAAUCGCAUUCAACAAUCUCUGGUUCACUCCCUACAAGCGGGCGUUGUUGAGAAAAUACUUCCGCACACCACAAAGUCCCAAUGGCUACCACGAUUCCCUCGUCGGAGGCGAUCGGUUCUGGGACCAACGCGGCGGGCGCGGGGGGAUCUGGACGGCCAAGGAGCAGAUCUGGCUGCCGUGGGGCGAGGUGGAUGGUGUGUGCGGUACGCUCGGUCAGCUGAAGCAGAUCUUCGACGACGGUUGGGGCGUAUGGAUGCACGAGCUCAAGACCGAGAACGAGGCUCAGAGGCUCAAGGAUGAAGAAGCGUAUCGCAAAACUCUCGACGACAAGAAGAAGAAGGAACGCGAGAGAGAGAAGGUCAAGAUGCAGAUUGCAGUGGAGAUGGCCAAGCAGGAACACGAACAGAAGGAGAGGGAAAAACACGACAGGGAGAGGCUCGAGGAAGUGGAGAGGCAGAAGAAGGCGCAGGAGGAAAAUGAGAGGCAGAAGAAGGCGCAGGAGGAAAAGGAGAGACAGAAGAAGGCGCAGGAGGAAAAGGAGAGGCAGAAGAAGGCGCAGGAGGAAAAUGAGAGGCAGAAGAAGGCGCAGGAGGAAAAGGAGAGGCAGAAGAAGGCGCAGGAGGAAAAGGAGAGGCAGAAGAAAGCGCAGGAGGAAAAGGAGACGGCGAAUCUAGAGCGACUCAAGGAGGUUGAGAGGGUCAAGCAACUCGAGGCAGCAGAGCAGAGGCCGGAAGAAUCCGAGGAGGUCGAAGCAGCUUCCACGAGGCAUGAGAGGAGAUGGGCUGCGUAA